UUUAGAGGAGACGCAUAAUCCCGGGCGCACAAAGCUUCGCCUUUUGGUGCAUCCACUUUCAAUGUACCUGAUGGUCACCUACCUUGAGCGGGAGAGUAUACCUACAACGUAAGGUAGUAAGUCGAGGUGAGCUGGGAUCGUCAGAUCAUAUACCUCCUUCCUGAAUGGGUGUGUUUGUCGUCCCAAUCAUGUCGUCUCAACUGGGCAGUCGAGGUGAUUGAUUGAUUUGCUUUACUCUAUCUGACCUGCCUUUUCCUCUCUCUCCACCUCUCUCUCAACUUCCUUGCCUCGAUUGUUCUCUUUUUAAGCACAGAUUCCCGCCCCCGAGGUACUCUUGGAGCUGGCUACAUGCUCAUCCAACCUCUAGCAAUCUUUUUGGGUCGCCUCUUUUUGCUUCAACGUCGCACCUAAACCCAAAUCCUUGGUACGGCUGCUCCUCAAGAUGACGUUGUCUGCACUCUCCUUGGGUGCUUUUGCAUUGUUUUCUGCUCUGCCAGUCAACUCUGCCGCCGUUGCGCCACAGUCUGUCUCUUACGAUGGCUACAAGGUCUUUCGAGUUGCUGUGGGCGACAAUGUGGACAAGGUGAACGGAAUAGUAGACCGACUCGCUCUGCAGACAUGGAAGGGAGCCCCAAGGGCCAACGCCAUGGCAGACAUUGUCGUUCCGCCAAGCCAACUCGACAGCUUCCAGAAGGAGAUCGACGGCAUGCAAGCAAUUACCAUGCACUCAAACCUGGGCGAGUCAAUCGCAAACGAGUCUUCGUUCCAGGCCUACGCUGCGGGCUCUGCCAACAGCACCUGGUUCAAUGACUACCACUCAUAUGCGGAUCACCUCAAGUUCAUAGGCGACCUGCAAGCCAACUACCCCAACAAUGCUGAAGUUGUCGUAGCUGGCCAAUCACUCCAGGGCAACAACAUCACAGGUAUUCACCUGUUUGGCAGCGGUGGUCCUAAUGCAGGCAAGCCGGCUGUCGUCUUACACGGCACCGUACAUGCACGCGAGUGGAUCACCACAUUGGUUGUUGAAUACCACGCCUACACGCUGCUGACGUCGCAGGACAACGAGACCCGUUCGUUCCUCGAGAAGUACGACUUUUACAUCUUCCCAGUCGUCAACCCCGAUGGAUUCAUCUACACGCAAACAAAGGAUCGUAUGUGGCGCAAGAACAGGCAGACGACCCAGGGUAGCAGCUGCCUGGGUCACGACAUCAACCGGAACUGGGCCUUCAAGUGGGAUGUAAAGGGAGGCGCAUCCACUGAUCCUUGUGCCCAAGACUUCAAGGGCCGAGCAGCGGCUGACGCCCCUGAGACGGUUGUGCUGGCAAACUGGUUGAAGGCAACCAAGCAGCGUCAAGGAGUGAAGCUUUUUAUCGACGUCCACAGCUAUUCGCAGCUCUUCAUGACUCCAUAUGGCUACUCAUGCGAUGCCGUGGCAGCUAAGGACACGGAACUACAGUCGCUAGCCAAAGGUGCGGUUGCGGCGAUCAAGGAUGUGCAUGGGGUGUCGUUCAAGUAUGGACCGAUUUGCAAGACGAUAUAUCAAGCGACUGGUAGCAGUGUGGACUAUGUCAACGAUGUGAUAGGGGCCGAUUACGUCUUUACCACGGAGCUGAGGGACACUGGCGACAAUGGUUUCAUCUUGCCAAAGGAACAGAUUGUGCCGAGCGGCGAGGAAGCAUGGGCUGGGCUGAGAUACCUGCUCAGAAACAUGAGGUGAUGAGGGAGGAAGUUGAUGGGAUGAGACGGGGGGGUUAUUUGUUCAGUUUGCAUUAAAAAUAGCAGGUUUGCAGUAUUUUUAGACAGUGCUCACAAACAAACAUUUUCGAUCCGA